AUGGUGUCUCAGCAAUCCCAGAGUACCAAACUGCACUUGGCAGUCCUGAUGUGCGUCUUCGUCUCCACGGACGGUCUCGGUGUGAAUGAGCUGUUGGACAGAGCUUCUCUUCUGUCUGACAAACUGCACACUCUGAGCACUUCUCUCACCGGCGACCUGGACAGUCAUUUCCCACCUCACGGGAAGCUAUUUAUGCCACGCCCAUCCAUGUGCCACACCUCCUCUCUCCAGACCCCAAACGACAAAGACCAAGCCCUGCGAGUACCUGAGGAUGAGUUGCUGGCACUGGCCCGAUCCCUGUUGCUGGCCUGGUCAGACCCUCUGGCUGUGCUGUCUUCUGAGGCCCCCACCUUGCCCCACCCUGAACGCGACAACAUCAACAGCAAGACCAAGGAGCUGCAGGAGCAGAUCAACUCUCUGGGCGCUGGUCUUCAGCACCUCGUCAACAAGAUGGGUCCUGCUGCCCAGAGCGUUUCCAUUCUCCCCUUCCAGGGCGGCGGUCUGGGUCAGGACAAGAGUUCCCGUCUAAUCAACUUCCAUUUCCUCCUCUCCUGCUUCCGUAGAGACUCCCACAAGAUUGACAGUUUCCUGAAAGUCCUCCGCUGCCGGGCAGCCAAGAUGCGACCAGAAAUGUGUUAG